AUGGCCGCACGACAAGGCCUCGUCUGGCUGACGGUGCUGCUGCUGCUGGCGCUGGCCAUCGCCGCGUCCCUCGCCGCAGACACACCCAACAACGGGGGCAACAAGAAGAAUGGCCCUGCCAAGAAGGUGAUCGACUUCCUGAAGGGCAUGGUCGUGGGCAGCGAUGACCUGGCGACCAAGGUCGAAGACCUGCUCGACACCAACAAGUGGGAGACGCUAAGCAAGCAGGCCGGCUCCAAGAAGGACAGCGGCAAGGUCAAGGCCCAGGCCGCCACCGGCGUGCCCAACCCCUUCCCCGACUUUGGCUGGGAAAUCGACCCCAAGUGCUUGGAGUCGAAGGAGUCGUACUACUACCGCUCGUGGGACGGUUCGUGCAACUGGCUGCGCAAGGGUCAGGCCGCGACCGGCGCCCAGGACCAGGCCUAUGCCCGCGACUACACCCCGCCCCACUACAAGCCCGGCACGCUCGGUGAGCCGAGGGACGGACCCAAUGUGCGCGAGCUCAGCAACAUCUUCUUCAAGAACAGGAAGACCGGCUACUGGGACCACACGCCGUGGCUUCUCGGCUAUGUCGAGUUCUUGGUGCACGACCUCAUGCUCUCGGACGCUGGCCGUGAGAAGGGCGACCUGAUGAACAUCGACAUCCCGGCGGGCGACCCCGAUUUCCCGCCCAAGACCAAGCUUGAGUUCUGGCGCAGCGAGAGGGCGCCGGGCACGGGCGAGAACGGCAUCCCGCGCGAGCAGUACAACAGGCGGAGCAACUGGAUGGACCUGGAGACCAUCUACGGCUCGACCAAGGAGAUGAACGCGCUGCUGCGCCAGAAGGACGCGGCGGGCGCGCUCAAGUGCGAGCUGAUCCUGGACGACGACUACCUGCCGGUCAACGACGAGCGGUUCAACUUCUCGCUGCCGGGCCGGCCGGGCCAGCAGCGCAACCUGUUCGCCGCGGGCGACCUGCGGGCCAACCAGGACUACCUGCUCAUGGUCUACCAGACCCUGUUCGUGCGCGAGCACAACCGCAUGUGCGGCGUGCUGCACGGCAAGUACCCCGACUGGAACGUCGAGCAGCGGUUCCAGACGACGCGCAUCGUCAUGGGCGCCAAGAUGAACAUGAUCGGCGCGGCCUACUUCAAGGCCUACUUCAUCGACGUGCCGUGGCCCGACGAUCCGACGGCGAUCAUGCGCAGCUGGACGGGCAAGACCGUGCUCGAGAUCAACCCGCUCACCAUGUCCUACCCGUGGCAGAUGCUGCUCAACCCGAAGACGGGCGACCCCUACUCGCUGCCCAACGAGUUCAGCGUGGGCUACCGCUGGCACGACCUCAUCCCGGCGUCGCUGCAGAUCUUCGACAAGGAGAACAACCCGACGACGCUGGUCAACCUGGCCGAGACGGCCUUCAACGCCACCAGCUUCAAGCAGACCGGCAUCAACAGCGUCGUCGAGGCCAUGAGCGUCACCCAGAUCCCCGACUUCCACAGCGGCAUCCAGGACACCUACCGCAGCAUGAAGUUCAACUUCCGCAACCCGGACGAGGGCAACGGCUUCGAUCUCGCCGCGUGGGCCAUCAUGCACGAGCGCGAGCGCGGCCUGCCCACCUUCAACGAGUACAUCCGCAAGGUCUACGACGGCGUCGUGCCCUUCAAGCCGCGCGCCACCUUCGAGGAGUUCACCAGCAACGUCUACUUCCAGCAGGAGCUCAAGCGCCUCUACAAGACGCCCGACGACGUCGACCUCUGGGUCGGCCAGGAGCUCGACGAGGAGUGGUGGCCCAACACCCACAUCCCGCGCUCCAUGCUCAUCAUCAACUUCUACACCCUCUUCAAGGCCGCCGCCGCCGACCGCUUCGGCAUCAACUGGGGCAUGUUCUGGUGCAUCUCCAACUACAAGCCCUGGAACUGCCCCACCACCAACGUGCUCCAGGACCUCCUCUGGAAGCCCAACCCGCUCCCGCUCUUCCCCAACGCCAAGCUCCCCGACUCCUUCUGGUGGGAGGAACUCGAUCUCCAGAACCAAGGCAACACGGGCGUCAAGUGCCUGCAGAAGAACCUGUUCUUCGUGGCCAACGCCAAGAGCAACCCGAUCGAGUGCUUCUCGACGGGCGACAUGCCGAGCCCCGACGACGACAAGUCCUUCCUGCUCGACCCGUUCUUCAAGAACGACGACCUCCACUUCCUGCCCUUCGCCCUGUGGGGCUCCGUGCAGCCCUUCGUCGACUACACCAAGCAGUACGGCGACGUGGUCAAGUUCAAGCUCUCCAACGACGGCAACAACAUCCUCCUGUCCAACGCCAACGACCUGGGCAAGAUCUUCGAGUCGGACAAGUACUGGCUGCGCAGCCGCAUGGACUACUCGGACUUCACCUACGGCCGCAUGGUGGGCUACAAGGACGGCACGCCCUUCACCGCCCUCUCCAACAGCCACCCGUCCGAGCUCUACAAGUGGAAGCGUCUCAGGACCAUCUUCGACACCCAAAUCACCCCGGCCAACAUCAACCAACUUCCCACCAUCAACGUGUCGGCCAAGAAGCUUCUGGCUACAUUCGACCAGCAUGUGGGCAAGAAGUACGACGCGGCCGACGAUGAGACUGGCGUGGCCCUCGAGCUGGCCUGCUCGCUCGCCUACGGUGACGACUUCUGCCAGCGCGACCCGGCCCGGCUGCAGCAGUUCGUCAAGUACGGCAAGCGGUGGCUCAAGUAUUUCCCGGACUUCCUCAAGUACGCGCCGCCGUACAACAACCCGAUCCUCGUGCUCGAGGGCAAGACCUCCAAGAUCAAGGACGCCAUGGACUUCUUCGGCCAAUUCAGCCGCGACGCGCUGGCCGAGGUGCGCAAGAGCCCGGCGGGCAAGACCUCGUGGCUGGCCAAGUGGGCGCUCACGCCCACCGAGGACGGCUCGCUGCUCGACGACAAGGAGGUCAUCGCCGCCACCUUCGACUCGUUCAUGGGCAUCCCGCCCACCUUCAGCUUCAUCCUGGGCCACGGCAUGUACCUGCUCGCCAAGAACCCGACCGUGCUCGAGCGCGCCUACCGCGAGGUGAGCGCCGUGCUCACCACCGCCGCGCGCGACCUCACCAUCGCCGACUUCCACCGCAUGCCCUACCUGCUCAAGGUGGUCCGCGAGAUCUACCGCUACUACCCGCCCGGCGGCCAGAUCUACGCCCGCGUCUCGAUGGAGGACGACACCCUGCGCGACUGGCAGGUGCCCGCCGGCACCACCUACAUGAUCCACACCGCCAGCAUCCACCAGGACCCGCGCUUCUGGGCCAACCCGACCGAGUUCAACCCCGACCGCUUCGACACGCCCGUGGCCAACAACACGUGGAUCCCGUUCGGCGGCGGCAAGAAGGACUGCCCCGGCAAGGACCUCGCCCUCCAGGUCUCCAACGCCUUCUUCGCCCACCUCAUCCGCAACUUCAAGUGGACCUACGCCGGCGAGGACCCGCCCGUCAUCCGCAUGCUCCUCUCCGCCGCGCCCAAGGACCCCUUCCUCUUCAAGCUCCAGCGCCGCUCCGCCAAGGACGAGCUGUAG